ACUCCAAACUCUACAAAGUCCAAAUACAAUUUAAAAAAAUUGUUUUUAUUAUUAUUUCUUCUCACCAAACAAUGCUGAAACCACGCACCAACCAAAACCAAAGAGAAAUUAUAGACCCCCCCAGAAAAUAAUACAGUAACAUACACCAAGAUUGCAACUAUAAUUAUCUUCUGCACUUUACUUUUAAUUUUUAAUAUUUGAGGUUUCUUACCAAUCUAAGGUCCAUUGCAUUAAAUUCUCUCACAAGCAGUGGGGGAUACUACAUUUAAUGCCCAUUUUUUCAACCAAAUUCUCUACUGUAUAUAUGUAACUGCCAAAUUUAUAUUUAUCACUUCUGCAAAAAAAAAUUAUUUUUUUUACUGCAAUUCAAUUCAAUUCAAUUAUUAUAAGGCCUGUUUCAGAGGAUGAUGAUGAUGAAUAAGCUUUGAAUUUUCUCCCUCCCCUUCAUUUUCAAACCCUUUUUCAGUCUCCUUUUGCAAUUUGCACUCAUGUCUGUUACGAUUGCUGUUUCUGACCAUGAAACUGAAACUGAAACUGAAGAAAAUAUGAAGGUGGGUUUGAGAAAUUUAGGGGUUGCUCAUGAUACUAUUUUCGAAGAUGAACAUGAACACGAUUACAGUGAGGAUGAAGAUGAAGAUGAAGAAGAUGAUGACGUGGAGUCUGAUCUGUCUUCUCCUUCUUCUCCCCUUCAGUCUGGUGUUGAUGCUUGGACGGAAGCGACGGGGAGGAAACCAGACGUUAAAAUACUAGUACGUGGCGUUUGCUUUCACUUGCAUAAGGACAUCUUGGUUUCAAAAAGCGGUUAUUUUAAGCGCCAAUUAACUAGGGUCUCAGAAUUCACACUCUCACCACCGUUAAAAAUAACGGCAGACACCUUCAAACAAGUUGCCGAUUUCUGUUACACCAAUUACGCCGUCAUAACGCCGUCCAACCUCGUGGCUCUCCGCAUAUCGGCCCAGAUCCUCGAGAUGGACGGCAUCGUUGGUGAAGAAAGCCUCCGUGAGUUGACGGAGUCUUACUUCCGUGACGUAGUUAGGGUUAACAAGACGUUGACGUGUGACGUUUUCUGUUCGAGUUUGUCCUUGCUUCCUGAAUCGGAACAAACGGCGUUUCUUGCGAGUAGAUGUAUUGAAGGUCUGUUAGAUGACGCCGGCGAAGGUGGCGGCGGAGCUGUUAGUUGUGCUGACGGACUUAAGACGGUUUCGCCGGAGGGAUUUAGAGUUAUUGCGGAUUCGAUGCAGCGGAGAUAUACAGCUAAUCAUGAUCUCUUAUAUAGAGUCGUCGAUCUUUAUUUUCUGGUGUACAAUGGAAAGAUGUCAGAAGACCAGAAAACACAAAUCACAACCUGCAUAGACUGCAGCAUUCUAUCUCAAACUCUCUUAAUGCACGCCGUUCAAAACCCACGUAUGCCUCUCCGUUUCAUCGUCCAAGCCAUGCUUAUAGAACAGCUCAACACCCACCGCUCUCUUUUCUCCGUCCUCAACCCCACCACCACCACUACCACCACCGCCUCCACCACCCAAUUCGACCCUCGAUUAUCAGACUCCCCAGCCACCCUAGGAGCUAUCCUAGAGAGAGACGCAGCCCUUCGCCAAGUCACCCAACUUCGAGCCGCCAUUGAUACAACAUGUUCGAGGAUUCAAACUCUGGAGAAUGAACUUUUCGGGAUGAAGAAGCUGUUAAUGGAAUCAGAGAAACAAAAGGGUGGCCAUCGUAGUAGUAGUAGUGCUUUGUUAAUGGAUGAUCAAAGGAGGUCUUCAAGUUGCAGGUUUAAUAAUAAUAAUAUUAUUAAUAAGGUUGAGAGAGGAGAAAGAGGGUCUGUUUCGUCAAGCUUCUUGAGGUUUGGAGGGAGUAAUAAUAAUAUUGAUUAUGGUGAAAUGAAAAUGGGAUUAUCAUCAUCUUCUUGUUUGGAUAAUGAUGGGAAUAAUACUAGGGUGGUUGUUGUGAAGAGGAAUUUAGGGCAGAGGUUAAUUAGGGGGUUAAGAAAUGCAUUUGGUAAUUCUAAAAUUAAGGAGGAUAAUAAUGCAUGUAGAUUUGAUGGUAAACUUAGGAGGGGGACUGUUCUUAAUUAAUUUGGUGCCACUUUUCUUUGAUUUUUUUUUUAUUAUUAUUAUUUAUUUUGUUAUGUAAAAACAAGUUUUUGGUGUGUUGCUUAAGUUAAAAUUUUCCGUGUGGAAGUUUUGUAGGUAAAUUAAUGGAGAAUCUUCACCCUACAAGAAGCUUUUUUUUAUUUUUAUUUAUUAUUCUUUAAUUGAAAUGGAGUUUAAAGUACGUUUUUACGUACGUCUGGAUCA